CGAAGUUCGAACGCCACGACAAGAUCCGCGCCUCUUGAGCUGGCGCGAUGGCAACGACGAAGAAGGCCAAGAAGGACGAGGGCGACAAGCCGAAGAAGUCCAAGUCGUCCUCCAAGAAGAAGGAGAAGACCGAGAAGACCAAGGUCGAGCCGCCGCCGCCCGAGCCCGAGCCGAGCGACCCGGACGCCAUUCAGUUGUUUCGCCGGUAUGAUCGGGAGAAGCUCGGGCAUAUCACGCGCGACGACUUUAUGCAGCUUUUAACCGACUACAACGCGUCGCAGCCGCAGCGCAAGUGGGAGAUGGCGCCGUGCGCGCUCACAGAUUCCGCGGGCAUUCCGCUGGGCUUUGAGCGGACGUCGCGCAACUCGGAGUUUGAAGCCGGCCAGCUCUUUGAACGCUACGACACCGAUCGAUCCGGGACGCUCAACCUCAAAGAGUUCCAUGGCUUCUUCCGAGACUUCAAGAAGCAGCUCGUGUCGUUCGUCCAAGAGUUGACGUCGCCGCGCGCGUUCAAGCCCAGCGCUCGCCCAUCAACCUCGUUUCCACUGCACGACGGACCGGCAUGGAGCACCUUUGAACCCCACCGCCGCCCGCCGCCACCAUCUCCGUCCACGCGGCAGCUCUUCGAGUCCCGUCUCGAGUUGCUCAACACCAUGUGUGACAGUGUCCUGCUGCCGUACCGAGCCACCUUGAUGGAGAGAAUGAGCCGCCGACUCGACCCGGCGUUGCGCUGGGCGCAUGCUACAGCACAGACUGCCAAGCAGCAAAUGGAGCUCGAAAAAGAUGUCGACCUCAUCGACCGCAUCACGAGCAGUGUCCACGCCAAGCUCUACAAGGGCGACCACAUCUCCAACCAUGAGAUGCACGCGUUUCUGGACGAGUUUCCUCACAUGUACGCUGCCGCAGAAGACCUCGCGCAAAAGGCCAAGGCGAUGGCUCGACCGACCGCAGCAUAUGAGGCGCCACCGCCAACAACGAACGACGAGACGACCAAACUCUUACGCGUCAAAGACCAGAUGAUUUGGGACCUCCUCCAAGAGCGAAAGGAGCUCCGGCACCAGCGCGAUGCCCUCGAGCACCAGCUUCGCGACGUGACGGAACUCAGCGCUCAAGAGAUGCGCAAAUGGGCCAAGCUCACGGACGACAUGCAAGCCGAGAUCGAGCGGCUGCGGCGGGAGUAAUUCUCGAGUCGAUGAUACGUAGACACAACUAUAGUCCAUGGAUCUCAAACGCCGGUCGUUGGUUGCAGAA